AUGGUAACCUCUUGGAUUUUGAAUUCCUUAUCACCAGAUCUAAGGGAUAGUCUGCAGUACGUUAACAAUGCACAGGAAUUAUGGGCUGAAUUGGAAGAAAGGUAUGAUCAGACUAAUGGUUGUAAGCUGUACCAGCUUCAAAAGGAGAUAAAUGAUCUUGUCCAAGGCACCUUGGAUGUUACUGGAUACUACACAAAGAUGAAGAAAUUUUGGGAAAAGAUGAGCACGGUCGAUGUAAGCUCUCAAUGUAGUUGUGUUUGCACUUGUGGUGGUAAGAUAAGGUUGGUCAAAGCUGAACAAGAUAGAAGACUCAUACAAUUCUUGAUGGGACUGAAUGAAAUGUACACUGUCAUCAGGGGAAAUAUUCUCAUGAUGAGUACCCUGCCUAGUAUGGCACAAGUUUUUGCCAUUUUGUCUCAAGAGGAAAAACAGAGGGAAGUAAGACCUCACAACCACACAGCUUUGGACUCAACUUCACUGAAUGCUCUUGCCAAUAGUAAUUCUAGCACCAGCAGGAGUUCCUUGUUUUGUGAUUUCUGCAAGAGCACAGGUCACACAAGAGAAAGAUGCUACAAACUUCAUGGAUAUCCAUCCAACUCGAAGUUUUCCAAGGGGAAGAGUGUUGGUUUUGCAGCAAAUAUGUGCACCUCUGAGAAUGAUAGGAACCACUGUGAAGAAGACCCUGAGUUGAGGAAACAAAUGCCUUUGAACUUGUCCAAAGAUCAGUAUGAACAACUGCUCAAUCUUUUGGGAUCCCUGCAGGUUGGACAUGGAGCUCCUAACUCAGACAACAUGCUAAGUGGAGCUGUGAAUCUGGCAGGGCCCUUCUCUGAAGAGCCCUCUGGAACUUGGUAG